CUACAUCGCCCAGACUUCCGAUCAGUGAUUACAAUUUAGAACUUAUGUGUGUCAUGCUUGCUCGAUUUAUUAUUAUUCUACGUUUCGAAAAUCAUUCCUAAUUUGGUAUUUAGUAUUUACAGUUAAACGGUAUAUUUCUUGAUCUUGACAGUUGUCAGUGUUAAAUAGUCAAAAUGGUGGUCAAAGAAAUCAUGAAUGAUUCCCAGUUUCAAGAAGAAUUAAACGCAAACGGCAUGAAGCUCGUCGUCGUAGACUUCUCCGCUACAUGGUGUGGUCCUUGCAAACGUGUCGCGCCUCUUUACGACCAACUGUCAAACAAGUAUGACCGUGCAGUGUUCCUUAAAGUGGAUGUUGAUAAAUGCCAGGAAACUGCCGCCAGUCAAGGCGUGUCGGCCAUGCCGACUUUUAUACUGUAUCGCAAUAAGGUUAAAGUGGCAAAGAUUCAGGGUGCCGAUAUCGCUGCCGUUGAAUCAAAAAUCGUACAACUUUAUGAAGCAGCAUGUGCCGCUUCUGGCGAAGACUGUGGAGUACCUGGUCAGAUGGACCUUAACUCAUUCAUUAUGAAAACUCAGUGCGAGGCCCUUAAUGAUUCAGAUGACCAUCCACUGUCGGCUCUUAUCGAAAACAGUGGCUAUAUUGAAUCAGAUUGUGACCAGCAACUUAUUUUAUCAUUAACUUUCACACAAUCUGUCAAAGUGCAUUCUAUCAAAAUUAAAGCUCCUAAAGAUAAUGGACCAAAAUCGUUGAAGUUGUUUAUUAACCAGCCAAACACCAUAGAUUUUGAUGCUGCAACAUGUAAUUUAGCCACACAAGAACUUGAAUUAAAACCUGAUGAAUUAGAUGGAAAAAUUGUGAACUUGAAAUAUGUAAAAUUCCAGAACGUCCAUAAUCUACAGAUAUUUGUUGUAAAUAAUCAAACUGAUGAGGAAGUAACAAGAAUAGAUAGCUUGGAUAUUAUUGGAAUGCCUAUAUCUACAACUAAUAUGGGUGAUUUCAAGCGUGUUGCGGGUAAAGUGGGAGAAGCUCAUUAAAAGUGAUGAUGUAUAUUAUUUAAAAACCAUAUGAUGUGUGUACCAAAUCAACAAUCUAAAAAUAACUAAUUAUCAUAUACCACUUUUUUAUUCUCAAAAAUUAUAGUAUAUAAUUAUAAAAACUACAUUUUUUAUGUUUAAAAUAAAACUCAUAUUUGUAAAAGAAAAUUUAUUCAAGAACGUUUUACCAAGUAAAAAAUAUCAUCUGGCUUAAA